AACCUAAUGCCUUUCUUCUAACUUUGAUUGUUAAAGUUAUUCACCCGACAUGCUAACCAUAGGAGAACAUCACAAGAGCAUUGUAUGGCCAUUGGUCUCUUGAAAUGGGCCGUUUCCGAGUUCCAGAAACCCUCGCGUUUCAAAACGAGGCAAUUUGCAAAAACUUUGUUGUGAAAAUCAGUUUUAUUUGCAUGAAAAUAACAGAUAAUUUUCAUAUCACUUAGCCUCGCUUUAAAACAGUGGCCUGAGGCAAUUGGGAAAUGGCCUACUGGGUUGCCUGAGGAGUCAAAAAAGAUAUUUUAGAAUGCCUUUUUCAUUUUCACUUGCAAGUUGAACGUGAUAUUUUAAAGUCUGAUAGCACAGAGAGACAAGAUUCACAGUGAUAAGUUAAAAAAAUCAUGUGUUUUGAUCUAAACUGUCAAAGGCAGGAACAGGGAAGUUUGGUAAACGAUCCUUCUUCCUUCCUUCCUUCCUUCCUUCCUUCCUUCCUUCCUUCCUUCCUUCCUUCCUUCCUUCCUUCCUUCCUUCUUUCCUUCCUUCCUUCCUUCCUUCUUUCCUUCCUUCUUUCCUUCUUUCCUCCUUUCUUUCUUUCCUUCCUUCCUUCUUUCCUUCCUUCCUUCCUUCCUUCCUUCCUUCCUUCUUUCCUUCUUUCCUUCCUUCCUUCCUUCCUUCCUUCCUUCCUUCCUUCCUUCCUUCCUUCCUUCCUUCCUUCCUUCCUUCCUUCCUUCCUUCCUUCCUUCCUUCUUUCCUUCCUUCCUUCCUUCCUUCCUUCCUUCUUUCCUUCCUUCCUUCCUUCCUUCUUCCUUCCUUCCUUCCUUCCUUCUUUCCUUCCUUCCUUCCUUCCUUCCUUCCUUCUUUCCUUCCUUCCUUUCCUUCCUUCCUUCCUUCCUUCCUUCCUUCUUUCCUUCUUUCCUUCCUUCCUUCCUUCCUUCCUUCCUUCCUUCCUUCCUUCCUUCCUUCCUUCCUUCCUUCCUUCCUUCCUUCCUUCUCUUCCUUCCUUCCUUCCUUCCUUCCUUCCUUCCUUCCUUCCUUCCUUCCUUCCUUCCUUCCUUCCUUCCUUCCUUCCUUCCUUCCUUCCUUCCUUCCUUCCUUCCUUCCUUCCUUCCUUCCUUCCUUCCUUCCUUCCUUCCUUCCUUCCUUCCUUCCUUCCUUCCUUCCUUCCUUCCUUCCUUCCUUCCUUCCUUCCUUCCUUCCUUCCUUCCUUCCUUCCUUCCUUCCUUCCUUCCUUCCUUCCUUCCUUCCUUCCUUCCUUCCUUCCUUCCUUCCUUCCUUCCUUCCUUCCUUCCUUCUCCCGUUCCUUCUUCCCUUUUUCCGUCCCUCCCUCCCUCCCUCCCUUCCUCCCUCGUCCCCUUCCCCUUUCUUUCUUUCCUUCCUUGCGUCCUUGGUUACUUGCUUUCUUGCUUGCUCGCUUCCUUCCUCCCUCACUUCUUCCUUCCUUCCUUUGUUCCUUACUUCUGUCCCCUCUUUCGUUCGUUCCUUCUUUCCUUUUUCUCUUUUACCAGUUAAUGAAUAUAUCAGAUGGACAAGAUUACAGUGCAUUGCUUCUUACAUUGCCUCUUUUGAUUUUGUUCAUUUGUGUGCUUGUUUUUGUCAGAUUCGGAACCACCAAAACUUAAUUGCUCCGAUGACAUCACUGCAGACAAUGACGCAGGAACAAAAAUGGCGACUGUGACAUGGGGCUUUAACUUUACAGACAACUCGCUCAAGGAAGAUGAAUCAGGAAUAUUCACCAUCGUGUUAACAAUCGGUGGCGAUAACGUCGAUACAAAUCUCCCAAAGCUUUUCGAAAUCGGUCAGAAAAGUGUCCAGUAUACAGUCACAGAUCCUGCGGAAAAUUCGGCGACAUGCCAGUUUUUUGUGAAAGUGUUAG